AUGAUGACCGCUAUUCUCCGAAGAGCAUCUUCAACACUCUCAAAGCGUGCCAUCCCCGCCGCCGAAGCACUUCUCUCCUCCACCGCUUCUGCCGAGCUCAGACAACUCACCGUCUUCCCAGCCAGGUCCUUCCACUCCAAAUCACAACCCUUGCUAUUUCGCGCCUCUUCGGCUUCUCGCGCUGGUUAUGCCGCUGAAGCUUUUCCAUUCGAGGAACAGUCUAAAGCGACCGGCGAUGAUGGUCUUGAGAUCGCGAAGCUCGGGAUUUCUCAGGAUAUUGUUUCUGCUUUGGAAAAGAAAGGAAUCACGAAGCUUUUCCCCAUUCAGAGGGCUGUGCUGGAGCCUGCUAUGCAAGGUCGUGAUAUGAUUGGUCGUGCUAGAACAGGAACUGGAAAAACUCUUGCUUUUGGGAUACCUAUCAUUGAUAAGAUCAUUCAGUUUAAUGCUAAACAUGGGCGAGGAAGGGAUCCUCUGGCUUUGGUUUUGGCUCCAACUAGAGAACUCAGCAAUAUUGACAGCAACAAUCCCAACACUCGCUGUCAACAACAACAAAAGCAAUACUCCCAUUGCAUCGUAUUUUCUGGCGCCACCAACACCACUCAUCUUCCCUUCUCGGCAACAACAGAACCAGAUUACAGUCCUACCUAUUCAAUAUGGCGGUAA